AUGGCUACUAUCGAUGGUGCCACUGGGAAAAGCCCCGAAGAAGAGAAGGGUUUACAAAAUGAGACUGCUAUGAUCAACAAAGUCUUUAAAGAAUUCGUGCGGGUCUCUGCUGUCGGGAAGAAACUGUCAGCUGAAGAACUCAAGCAAAUGAAUUGCAAAGCUUGCGGCAAAUUGGUUCGCAACACGCUACCAAAGGAGGUACAAGUCAUUGCCGACGCCAGCGUUUUUCCAAAAUACAAGGAGAAAGGGAAGCAGUAUAUGCAUCUAUCAAAAUUCCCGGCUUUCAUUGACGAUUGCGCUUACGAAUAUGCAAAGACCAAAAUGAAGAAUCCCAAACUCGCCAGAGAUGAUGAAAACGUGGCCAAGUACAUCAAGGAAUUUAGAGAACGCAUAAAAAAAGGAGACCCAGGACUUAAAGAAACGAAAACUCCGAAAAAUGUAUCGAAUUUGACGGAUACUUCUCGAUAUACGGGGUCUCACAAGGAGAGAUUCGACGAAUCUGGUCGAGGAAGAGGCGCUGCUGACCAACGAGGAUCAAGCAGAACUCGAACACCUUCAAAAUCCGCCUCCGAUAAGACCAGAUCGACUAUGCAAACACCAGAAAAGUCCAGAUCAGCAACAAGAUCUAGUUCUCGGGCAUCAGACAAGUCACCAGCGAAGACACCAGACAAAGAAAAGUCGAGUACAAUGAAAAUUUUCUAUUUGAUUAAUACUCUUCUUUCUCUUUUCCCACUCUUCUUUCUUUUUUCUUCCAUUUCACUUUUUAAUUUUCUUUAUCUCUUCUCUUUUAUGUUUUUUAAUAUUCAUUUAUCUACGUCUUUCCUUUUUUAUUCAUUGGAUCUAUCUAUCUAUCUAUCUAUCUAUCUAUCUAUCUAUCUGAAUGAAUAA